AUGACACCUGUAUACUUCAGCUUUACAUCAGCAUUUACCUUGGGACUCUUGGGCCUAGCCUUCCACCGCACCCACCUCCUAUCUGCACUCCUUUGUCUGGAGGGAAUAAUAUUAUCCCUAUUUAUUGCAUUAGCCUUAUGAAUGCUGCAACUAGAAUCCACUGCUUUCUCCGCAGCCCCCAUCCUCCUACUAGCCUUUUCAGCCUGCGAAGCCAGUGCAGGCCUGGCCCUACUAGUUGCCACCGCCCGGACCCACGGAACUGAUCGAUUACAAGCCCUAAGCCUCCUACAAUGCUAA